AUGAACAAGAUUUUGGCAGCUUUGUUAGCCAAAUAUAGUGUGAAACACAAGAUUGCUACAGCCUACCACCCUCAAACAAAUGGUCAAGCAGAAGUAUCAAAUAUGGAGAUCAAGGGAAUCCUAGAGAAAGUGGUGAAUCCUAGUAGAAAGGAUUUGCCUCAGCAAUUGGAUGAUGCUCUUUGGGCCUAUAGAACGACUUUCAAAACUCCUUUGGGGAUGUCACUGUAUCGUUUGGUUUUGGGAAAAUCUUGUCAUUUUCCUGUUGAGUUGGAGCAUAAGGCAUAUUGGGCCACUAAGAAGUUGAAUAUGGAUCUCCAGGCUACUAGAGAAGCUCGAAAGUUACAACUAAAUGAGCUGGAUGAGAUGAUAUUUUUCUCCUAUGAAAAUGCUAAGCUGUACAAGGAGAAAACUAAGAGGUGGCAUGACCAGAAAAUUCAAGCUCGAGUCUAUGAGAAGGGGCAGAAAGUGUUACUCUUCAACUCGUGCUUGAAGUUGUUUCCAGACAAAUUGAAGUCCCGCUGGUCUGGCCCAUUCACCGUGGUGAAAGUUUACCCCUUUGGAGCAGUUGAAGUUUGGGAAGAUCAAUCCGAAAGGGAAUUCAAAGUGAAUGGGCAGCAUUUGAAACAUUAUUGA